CCUCCCUGUCACGCUUACGUACUAAUUUACAAGUGCGACAGAGAGGCAACACGUCGAACGUGGUUCGCGGUAGGCCCUCUGAUAUGAUUGCGUAGAAGCAACGAAUCUAAUUGAUCGAUCAAAGUCAAAUGCAGCAAUGCAUUGAAUAACGCAUUCGAUUAUCGUGAUGCUUAGAGAGGCCAUUCGUUUUAGAACAUUUCACACACUUAAUUUUUUUGUGAAAACACCAGCAAGGCUGCCAACUUAACCAACAAGUGUCAAUGUCACUAUAUCAAAGUCAAAACAAUAACCGGCCUAGGCCUACAUUCAUUCAUACUUUGAACUGAAUUGUAAAUAUCGAGUGAUUAGUAACCUAUUUGAUUUCCGUUAUCGUAUUAAGUUAUAAAGGUGAUAUACUAUCAAGCUUUAUUACUUGAGUAAAUUGUAAUUGAUUUAAUGAUACUGAAACUUCCAGUGCGCGAAGUAGCGUGCGUAAUAAGCAAACAUUUUGGCAUGGCUCUCCGAGGAGUAACAUUGAAUGGUGUACAAAACCCAUGCAACUCUCAAUGCAAUCCUGUACUUUGCUGGAAAUGGGAUGUCAGCCCCAUCAUAUAUCACACAAAACCAGUCAACUAUGCGGUCCUGGUUCUUAAUACUCCAGUCACACAGAGUCAGGCAUUUUUUACACAAUUAUGGAAUAAUGCAAAACUAAGAAUAACAGUGGAUGGCGGUACUAACAAAUGGGAGACAUUUAUAAAUAAUUGUUCAGAAGAAAUACAAAAACACAUUAAAUUACCAGACCUUGUGACCGGGGACUUUGAUUCAAUUUCUCAAGAUGACUUAGAGAAAUACAGAAAGAAAGGUUGUAAGGUGACACACACGCCAGACCAGAAUCACACGGACUUCACGAAGGCCUUGAUGGAAUUAUCCACGCAUUGUCGGGAAACUAACACAGAUGUGGACCAUGUCAUAGCAAUAGCACAAUCGUCCCGAAGGAUAGACCAAAUAUUCGGCAACGUACAAACGUUGUUCCUGGCCAAAGAGAAGCAACUCCUCAGUCCUGCCACCAGAUUGUACCUGAUAUCUGACGAUGCUAUAUCUUGGUUACUCUCUCCGGGUAAUCACGUGAUAGUUGUGCCGGAAGAAUCAAAGAAACAUAAAAGAGCUUGGUGUUCUUUGGUGCCUGUUGGAGAGCCUUGUGUUGUCACUUCUACUGGACUUAAAUGGAACUUGAACAAUCAGAUCUUAGCGUUCGGAGAGCUAGUCAGUUCGUCUAACACGUUCACGGAAUCGGACACAGUAACGGUCAAAUGCAGCCACCCGCUUCUGUGGUCUAUGAAAGUGCCCAGUCUACAAAGUUGAUGAAGCUUGACACUAUUAUUGAAAUGAAAUUAGCAAAGGAACAAACGUCAUAGUACAUUACGAUACAAGUGCGAAAAAUAGGAUAUUCGAAACGAGUGGUGAUAAAUUAAAACAAGACCGAAGGGAGUGUUUUAAAUCGACACGAGUUGCGAAUUACCUAUUCGCACGUGUAUCGUACAAAGUUUUACAGUACAUAUGGCCCUAAAUGUUUACCACAGUAACGUAAUAUGCUAAUUUGCGCACUAGUGCGGUAAAGUAGCACCAUAUGUACUGUAAAAGUACUAGUUAUAGAAGUAGACUUUUAGUUUAUAUAUCGAAUGUUACAAAUUCAUAAGGAUUCAUGGAAAAUACCAAAUUGAGUAAAUCAACCGCAAAACUUAAAUUAAUUCGUUUUCUAUAGGUAUGGUACUUACAAUAAAAUAAGGUUAAUUAACUAUUAAAUCACACAAACAUAGCCGACGCAAUACAAUCGGAUUGCGCUCUCAUUUUCAAACUUGGAGGAAUUAACAACUGGGGAUGCCUUGUCUGUAAUUUUUUGUACAAAACAGUCUGUGGAUUUUUGCGUUGGAGGGGCACGUCAAAUGUAUGGCUAUUGGUACGUGACGUCAUCUCCACGUCAAACCAUGUCAGAUUAAACGUCUGUCACAAUAUGACCACUGGGUGAGGUUUUCGACACAGGGGAAAGCCCUUAAAGGCGACUCCGGUUGUUAAGAGUUAUACUACGUGAUCGUCUAUACAAAAAGAGAAAACAUUUUUCCACUUCUAAAUAUUUUCCAUUCUCUAUGAUUUUUUAGUAUGUUAUAGACACAGUGAAAAACUGGAUUUAUAGAUUUUCCUUUUUUUU